CGAGCGGCGGCCGCGCUCCGAGCGUCGCCGGGCUGCCGGCCGCUGAGCAUGCUCGCCCGGAGAGUGGUGCCAGUGCGAGCAGGCUGCGGGCCGCCCCGCCCCGCCGCGGCGGACAGUCCCGCGACACCGCUGGCCUGGGCCGAGGGCUCGGGUCCGAGCCAGGCCGCCGCUGGCUCCCACGCUGCCCGCUGCCCCCGCUGGCCGAGCAGCACACUUUGGUGCCUUGGGUCCGGCACCUGAAGAAGCCCAUCUCCUCGGUGCAGCUGCGGGGACGCAGCGUGUCCUUCUCAUCCGGGCUACUGAAGGAAGAGAAAAUGGCAAUACUAUCUCCUGAGAUCAAAUUUGAGGCUUCCAAAGUCAGUAGACAUUCCUUGGACAACUGUUUUCUGUUUGAGAGUAGUUGGAGAAAAGCAGUUUUGGAAACCCAGAAGAUGAGGAAAGCAUUUGGUCUAGAAGAGCCCAAAGAAUGUCUCAAAAUGCCGUAUUUGCCAGAAUUGCCAAGUUGCCCAAAGAACUUAAAUUCAACUACACUCGAGAUUCAUAAGCACCUGCUGCAUGCUGAGACGGAGAUCCCUCCAAUCAGGAUUAAGAAGACCAAGGAGCCGUGCACCGUGCCAGCCCUUCAGGAGAAGUCAAAAGGUUCUGUCUUCAGUGACCCUUUCACAGGAGCGCCCUCUCAGUUUCUACAGAGACUUUCCAGAAUGGCCAUAUUGGAAUAUGACACUAUUCGCCAGGAAACACACAAGAAGGCCAAGCGAGGCAAGAAGCGAGAUCUCCGAGACUGCUGAUGGGUCCCACGACACGCCAUGCUUUCUCCCCGGGCCGUGGCUCACAUUUGCCGUGUUUCUUUUUCUUUCUUUCAUUCUCUUUUGAUAUGUGAUAUAAUAAUACAAAUGGAAAUGUAAAUAGCAAAUAAAUAUUUUAUGUUAUAUAUGGAAUAAUUUGUAUUUUGUUGAACAUGGCGUUUCAUCUUUUAUUUUACUUUUUUCUUGAAAAUGGAUAUUUUAUUAUUAAAAUGGAAUGAUUUUACUUUUUAAAUAAAGAUGGUACUAGGUAUUGAA